AUGGCUGCCGUGUAGUACCCUCCCUGCACAAUUAGCCAAUCAGGAGCGCGCUCUGCCAGCCAGAAGGACGCAUAAAAGAAGAACAUUGCAGCAGAGGCACAGAAGGAGACUGCAAGAGGAGCUGGGAAUAUUACACACAGAACACAGCCGAACCACAACACCCUCCCCUGGACACACCCUGCUGGGGAUCACUGCUUCUCUUUUUUCUGAACCGUCGCCCACGCCACUCGGAGAGAAAACUCUCCCUCAUCAUCAUCCUGAAGAAAACCCCUUUCUCCUCAUUUUCACCCUACAGAGGACACCUACCAAUCUCCAAGGGCUGAGAUUCCCCUGGUGAACAUUGUCUUUUUUCCUUUUUUCUUUUUUUUCUUUUGGAUUUGGACACCGCCUCUCCACAGUAAAUACACAGGCCAGCUAAUAUAAAGACCACAGAUCAUAGCAUUGACUCAACCUACGGCUUGAAGACCUGCGAAACGAAGAAGGACCUAGAUCACUCUCAUUGUAUGUCAAGAAUGGUUACUCAGAUAAUCAGCACCAUGGAAACCCAGGUGUCCAACGGUCCGAGCGGAACCAGCCUCCCUAACGGGCCAGUCAUCAGCACCAACGGUGCCACAGACGACAGCAAGACCAACCUAAUCGUCAACUAUCUGCCUCAGAACAUGACCCAGGAGGAAUUCAAGAGCCUGUUCGGUAGCAUCGGAGAGAUUGAAUCCUGCAAACUGGUCCGAGACAAGAUUACAGGUAUUCAUGAUGCUUCAGCAGGCCAGAGUUUGGGCUAUGGGUUCGUAAACUAUGUGGAUCCCAAUGACGCAGACAAGGCCAUCAACACACUCAACGGUCUCAAACUGCAGACCAAAACAAUUAAGGUAUCGUACGCCCGUCCCAGCUCAGCAUCUAUCCGUGAUGCUAACCUGUAUGUGAGCGGUCUGCCUAAGACCAUGACCCAGAAGGACAUGGAGCAGCUGUUCUCCCAGUACGGACGCAUCAUCACUUCCCGCAUCCUGGUGGACCAGGUUACAGCAGGUAUAUCGCGAGGAGUGGGCUUCAUCCGGUUUGACAAGCGGAACGAGGCGGAAGAGGCCAUCAAGGGCCUGAACGGCCAGAAGCCCCUGGGCGCAGCCGAACCCAUCACGGUGAAGUUCGCCAACAACCCCAGCCAGAAGACGGGCCAGGCUCUGCUCACCCAGCUGUACCAGACCGCUGCACGCCGCUACACUGGCCCUCUGCACCACCAGACUCAGCGCUUCAGCCUCAUCCCUCCAUUUGGAAAGGGACCAGAUCCAAAUAACAGCACAAAACCAAUACUCGACAAUUUACUAAACGCCAGCUACGGAGUCAAGAGUUCUCCCUCUCUCCUUCCUAGGUUCUCCCCCAUUACCAUCGACAGCAUGACCAGCCUGGCGGGAGUGAACCUGACCGGGCCCACCGGAGCCGGCUGGUGCAUCUUCGUCUACAACCUAUCGCCCGAGGCUGACGAAAGCGUCCUGUGGCAGCUGUUCGGGCCCUUCGGUGCCGUCACAAACGUCAAGGUCAUCCGUGACUUCACCACCAACAAAUGUAAGGGCUUCGGCUUCGUCACCAUGACCAACUACGACGAGGCAGCCAUGGCCAUCGCUAGUCUCAACGGCUACCGCUUGGGAGACCGCGUGCUGCAGGUCUCCUUCAAGACCAGCAAGCAACACAAGGCCUGAGAGAGAGAGAGCUGCUAGCUGACGCCAGCUCCUUCAGCCAGCAGGGAGCACCACUGAGCUCCCUGUUACUAUCACUCUACAUGGGCCUGGACUGAGUCUCUCUCUCUCUGAUGCACACUCACCCAUACACAGCCCUAUACACAUACAUGCACACACUAUCAGACAUACACACACUAUUAGACAUAUUUACACAUACAAACAUACCCAAAGUCUGAGUUUCAAACAAAUACACUAGUAGAGUUUUUCUUUUCUCUUUACACAACAUGCUAGUCCUUCCCUACCUUUGCCUGGAUUGAAUUAGUAGGGGUGCGUUGGGUAGUUGGUCUCUGGGGGUGGGGGUAAGAGGCCUCAAUGUGGGAGACAGUCUAACGAAUGUGACAGAGAAUGUGUGCUGAGUGCUUUGAUUGAAUUCAGGCAAAUAAUGACAAAAACUGCUGAAACAAAAUUAUCAAAAAUCUAAAAUGAACUACAAAUAUGUGCAAUUUAAACCCCAAACUCUUACCCCACGAACUAUCCCAUUACCUUGCUGGAGAGAGUGUAGUCACAUUUUUUUACACUUGGGCAUUUUGAAUCAGUGAUUUUUUUUAGAUCAAAGAAAAUUCAUUAAAAACAGUGUUCUCUUAUAUACGUAUAUUAAAAUAUAACUAUAUAUUCAAUAUUUAAGGUGGUUAUAAUAGCCGAGUAUGUAAGCAUUUUCUAGAAACUUUGACUACUGUUCCUGGCUCAACAUUAGGUAGGUUGUGACUAGCUUUAGGGCAGUUGCUCUACCCUAUUAAGGACAGAUCCAAUAUGAUUUAGGUUUUCAAACUGAACAGAUACUGGUCACAAAGACAAGCUGCCUGAAGGCCACCAGAAUUACACAACACAGCACAGUCACACAUCAGCCCUGUUAGGGGGGGGAAACAACACUAGAAUACUGAACAUCACUGACAUCUAAGAAUCUCCCUGUAUUUUUUCACUCUGGUUCUUCUAUUCAGAGUAGAAUGGAUGGAUUCCACCACAAACAGAGCUGUCUGUGUGAACAACGUAGAGCAUUGUCCCAGCUAGUGUUCCCAUGGAGACAGUGUUCAUGUACAAUUCUCUGAGAGACUAGGGACCGUGAGUUUAGAGCAAAUCACAGAGCCACUUUACUAAAACACCCAACCAGAUAUAACACCCCUCCAAGGGAAUGAGAAGGUUUUUACAAUUCAGUGGAAAUUAUUGGCCUGGCUAGGUAGGCUCAACAUCACCAUUACGCACAGAUCAGAUCGAGAGGACGGUAGUUUUGACUUAGGUUGAGAUUCCGUCAUGACUCUGAGCAGUGAUAUCUCCUCACUGAGGAAUAGGUAAGAAGCUGUCUCACCCUCUAGGACUCAGUUUACUAAACACUCCUCAGUUUCAUUCAGACCCCGUAUAUGACACUUUAUAGAAGCUCCUGAGAAUCCGUUUCUAAUCACUCUCAUUAUAACCCUGCAUGCCCUGUGAAAAUAGAAGAAACCAAGCCUGCAGAAACCAACAGUGACAAGUUUGUUUAUCUCACAUUGGAAACUCCAAAAGUUAUUUUUGUUGAUUUGCAACAUCUGAUCGGCACUAUCACCUAGCUGGAAUUUUAAAAAUAUCAACAAACCCAUGGAAAUAAUUUAUGACACCCCUUGAUGAAAAUGUAACGACAAAAUAGUCUUGGUGACUGUCUGUUAGAAACAUCUGAUAAGACGUUUCAUGGGGAGAGAUAUGAUUACAAUAUAAAGACAUCUGCAUAUAAUAGAUUAAAUAAGGUAAAGUGUGUUCAAGACAUUUUUGCUUUUCUAAAUAACGCUGUGUUAGCCAAAGAGGACAACCAUCUCUUUGAAAGGAUUACUUUAGAAAUAAAUCUAUUUUUAUACAUACAAAAGAACAAGACCUUGUGCUGAAUUUUUACAGAUUCUUAAAACUCUGAAAGACUGGGACACCGCAUGGCUGUAUUUUAAGCCCUUUGAUCUUAAAGAGAGGGAGGAGCGUGUACAUGCCGUGUAUAGGUGGGGGUCAAGGGAAGGGGACGAAGAAGAAAAGUUUUAUCUCACACAACCUUACUUUUUCAACCACAACCUAUAAACAAACUAUUGAAAUAGCAAAAAAAGAACAUAAACAAAGACAUCGGAAUAGAACAAAUACACAUCAGCACAAACCAAUUCAAUGAUUAGGAAUCAAACGUUACAGAGACAAAUCUGCAUUGCUAAUACUGCAAUCUUUGAGUGUAAACUAGACAAACACAUAUCACUUUCUCUGAAGUUGCGUACAGUCAGUGUUGCUUCAAUGAUUGUACAGUGAAGUGUUAUCGCUUUCACAGGAGACACUUAAAUCAGGCUGUAGUAAAGACAGUCAGUCAGGCCCCAUGAUUUGUCCUCACAGACAUCUUGGGCUGGUUCGAAACAGAAAGGCUUGAAGUAGAUUCUCAAUAAAGCCUCCUUUCAAUGCAAAGAUGAUUAGGUAUAUUUGAAUGAAGAUUUAGCCAAAGAAUUUGGAAUAUGAGUGUCAAUAAGAAAUAAUUCAGUCUAUACUAUUACUAACUGCUCCCCUGAUAAUUCUUCUAUAAAUCAUUAUCAUUUAUUGCAUGAAGAUCCCUUAUCAUUUUAAAUCCCCAUAGCGCUUGCAUAAAUAUCUGUUGUUCAUAUCAAAUUAUAUCAGAAUGAACUAAUAUCUUUUGGUUAACAUAUCUGUUGAGUAAAUAUAAUUUAGCCCAUUUGCACAGGUGCUUACCACAAACGUACAACAAUGUAUACAAAGAAUUCACCUUUCAGCAAAAAUAACGACAGUUCCACACAAGUGUCUCUUGAACCUCAAUACUGUAAUACUCAUACCAUCCGCUCACAAUAGGAAUCCAAUACAUCAGAGUAUGACAGCAUUGUUUCAGUUUAACCCUAUGCUCUUCCACUGUUACACCCUCAGCCUCUAACUCUGACCAUUCCAUUUCUUACUGUGCCCCAGUAGUAUAUUGGUGGUGUGCCAACCAAAACAAACAUGAAAUGUCAUACAUUAACACCCUGUCAUAAUCUAACUCCACACCUCCCUUCCCCAUUCAGUCAGUUGUGCCCAUACUCAAGAGAAGGUAGCUCAGUAUGACUGAUACAGCAUCACUUUAAGAGACCAGAUGUGAAUCUUGGGAACAGAACAGCAAAUAGGCCACGGUGUUGAGCUGCAGUUGAAGUAGUCCCACUGGUGAUAUGGGGUAGAGUUCCAGCCCAGUGCCCGCACACCCUAGACCAACAACAGACACUAGGCCACACCCUAGACUAGAGCAACAACAAACUGUCCCAUCUUACACAGCCAAUACAGAGACCCUCUUCUCUUCCCACACCUACAUAUGGUAGAGAGCCAAGGACAAUGGCAGGAGACAAAUGUACUGCACCGCUUGAGCAACAAUAAAUAAUCAUCUAAAAAGACAAAAAAACUUUCCUAUGGAACAGUAAGUGCAAUGUGCUUUGUUUUUAUAUUGACUGAGAACAAAAAGAUAUAUAUAUUUUUUAAAAGAAAAAGAAAUUAAACAUCACACUGAAAUGGUUUGCGGAAAAGGCGGAAGGAUCAAAUGUAAAGAAAUCAGUGUUAAUUCACCGAUUCAUUAAAGAGAAUCAAACAAGCACCGAUGGAGAGCUCUGAAAAUGUCCAGAAUCCCAGCCCCGGAUUAGUGCUCUGAACAUGCAAGCUAAAACUAACCACAUAUUAUUAUUGGGUAAAUAAUUGAAAUUUAAUUGAAAAGACCUUGAAAGGGAUACUGUCUAAUAUAUCAUCAGUUUUAGCCCACGUCAAUUUUAGAAUAUCAUUUUUCCUGUAAUUGAUUGAUUUUCUUUUACAUAUCAAGACUCACAUGUUAACUUAGCGUAUUUGUGUUGUUGACGUUACCAUAUAGGACACACAUGGGUCCAAGAUUUUAUUUGGUUGCUUUGAUUGGGUAAUUUAUUUUUUCAUUACAUUAUUUAAUUAGUUGCAGUUGUUAGUGUAUGCAGAUUUUAGACUUAGUUAGAAUUUUAUUUCAAUCAAAAUGUGUUCAAUUGUGUUUGUAAAAGUCUGUGGUAGCUUUUGUUGCAACAUAAAUAAUUUAAACAGAAAAAAUUCAAGAUAGCGCCAACAAACUUGUAUUAUUUGGGCGACUUUAAGCUUGUAGUUUUAACUUAUUGUUAACUUAAAAACUAUUUAUUAUUAUUAUUGCCUCGUAUAAAGUAUGUUUUGUGUAUAUUUAUGGUUUAUUUCAUUAUAUUUGCAAGUUUAAAAGAUUUUAAGUUUGCCAAAAUUGUGGUUACAUUUUCUUUCUUAAAAAGGGAACAAAUAGAUAAAAAAAAACAGCUUUAGAAGUACGAUUUGGAAAUGUUCUCCAUAGUCAAAGAAUGCACUGCUAUAUUUAACUAAUUGAAGUGUAUAAACAUACAUGCUGUGUGCUAGAUGUUAUGCCUUUACUGCCUGUGUUCUGUUUGUCUUGUUAAAUGAAAACCUUUUGAUUAUUUAAUCUAAUCACAGUCUUGUUUUUCCAGCCACUGAGAACCCUAGGGAGUGUCAGUCAGGACAUGGGCUGGGCCUGGGAUGUGGCCUAUUGUUGGCUCCAGGGCAGAGCCUGGACCUUAGGCAGUGCCUGAGGCUCCAUGUGCACUCAGCAUGCUUUCCCUCCUACUGCUGAUGAACAGAACUACUGUAGUUAUUAGAAGGACCAUAGUACAGAACUCCAACAUGACAGCUGAGUUAUGUACAGUAGUUCCAACAGCAGCCAGGAGGAAAGCAUCGUUGGGGAUUACUCGUAUAGGAAAGGGGUCAGUGGUUCUUGUUUCUCGACCAACUGUAUUUUGUGUCUAUUUAUUUAGAAGAGGGGACACAGUAACUUAGUGACGUUCUUCUUACAACAUUUUCCUGGAAUGGUAGAACAAAUCAAAGGAGAAAAUGAUCAAAACAGAUCUACUGGCAUCAAUGUAUCAAUGUCAGUAGGAAGAUAUCAAAAUCUCAUACUUCCAAACAUGACCAAAUGAACAAUGACAAAAUGUAACAAAGAAAAUAAACCUUUCAGUUUAGUUUAGGAUAUUUAUUACUGGGAUUUCAGCUGAAGACGCUUGAAGACUUUUUCAUGGAAUUGUUUAAUUAUUUGUACUUUACAUGCCAGAAAAAAAUAAAAGGUUACAAAUC